AUGGUUUGCGACUUCCUCCAUCUGCCUAGUCUCUACCUCCUUGUUUUCUCGUCCAUUUUGAUUUCUCAGGGCUUGGCGUUCACUUAUCCAUCUGAAGUGUCAGCUCUCCAGGAUCUAUACAGGGCCUUAAACUACCCACCGGUGCUCCAAGGAUGGAAUGGUAGCGAUCCUUGUGAGGAAUCUUGGACAGGAGUUGCUUGUUCUGGCUCAUCAGUUAUACACCUGAAAAUUCGAGGAUUGAACCUUACUGGCUAUCUUGGAAGCCUGCUUUAUGAUCUCCGUAACUUGAAACGACUUGAUGUUAGUUCUAAUAACAUAGUGGGCGAAAUACCAUUCGGUUUACCCGCCAAUGUCACACAUAUGAAUUUAAGCCACAAUUUCUUAAAUGGGCCCAUUGGUGAUGUCUUUACUGGCUUAGAUAAUCUCAAAGAAAUGGACCUUUCAUACAAUAAUUUCUUAGGUGAUCUGCCGUGUUCAUUUGGUUCCUUAAGAAACCUUGCUAGAUUGUUCCUGCAAAAUAACAGAUUCACUGGAGCGGUCGCUUACCUGGCUGAACUUCCACUAACAGAUUUGAACAUUCAAGAUAAUCUGUUCAGUGGCAUUCUUCCACUGCAUUUUCAAUCCAUACUGAAUUUAUGGAUUGGAGGGAAUAAAUUCCGUGCAGAGGACAACUCGCCUUCGUGGACUUUUCCUCUGGACACUGUAUCAGUUAAGCAUAACGCUAGCAGCCCACCCACAACUCAGGCAAAUGCCAUUAAGAAUUAUGCUCCUCCCAGAUUAAAUGACGCGCCUCCCAGAACGAAACAUAUAGGUCGUGGAGGAAUAGCAAUUAUGGUUGGAGGAGGAACACUAAUGGCCACAGGUAUGGUGCUCUUGGUUGCAAUCCGUUUGAAUAAACUGCAAGCAGAGAGUCAGAGCUUGAAGAGCUCCGAAAGCAACCAUGGCUCUUUGCUUUCUCAUCCGACCAGUGCAACCAUAGAGGUCUCUUCUACCGCACUAGAUGAGAGCCCACAAAUCCCCCCUUUUAACUCUGCAUCUCAUUCGGAAUUGGAUCCAAUGCUAUUGCCUCCCCUGAGCCAGAACAAUACAGAGGAACUAUCAAGAAGAAGUUUUUCUAAACGAGGCAGAUCCACUGGAAGAACGAAGAUUUACACAGUAGCGGAGCUUCAGGUGGCUACUAACUGCUUCAGUGAAGGCAACCUUCUGGGAGAGGGAUCUAUUGGUCCUGUUUACAGAGCUAAAUUUCCAGAUGGCAAAAUUUUGGCCGUGAACAACAUAAACAUGGCGGGCCAGUAUUUCAGAGAAGAGGAAAACUUCUUGGAUGUCAUUUGCACAGUUUCCCGACUGAAGCACCCCAACAUCGUAGCACUCCACGGUUACUGUUUGGAGCGCGGAAAGCAGCUUCUUGUUUACGAUUACGUUGGUAAUUUAACUCUAGACGAUGUUCUUCAUAGUGAGCCAUACAAACCUCUGUCGUGGAUUCAACGUCUUCGGAUUGCUCUGGAAAUUGCUCAGGCUCUGGACUAUUUGCACUCAGCAUUCAGCCCUCCUGUGACCCACGGCAACUUGAAGGCUACCAAUGUCCUGCUGGAUGAAAAUUUGACGCCUCGCGUAUGUGAUUGUAGCUUGGCUAUUUUGAGACCACUCAAUCAAGUUAAAAUUCCGGCUACUGAGAUUAUUAUUGAAGAGAGAGGCUACGUUGCACCAGACCAUGGACAACCAGGAUCCAGUAGCAGAAAGAGAGACGUUUUUGCCUUUGGGGUAUUGCUUCUGGAGCUCUUAACAGGAAGAAAACCUUUCGAUGGAGCAAGGCCAAGGGAAGAGCAAUAUCUAGCGAAAUGGGCUUCACCCAGGCUUCGUGAUAGAGUGAGUUUGGAGCAGAUGGUCGAUCCCGGUAUGAAAAGAACAUUUUCGUUCAAGGCUCUUUCUCAUUAUGCUGAUAUCACCUCACUCUGUAUACAGGCAGAAAGGCAACUCCGUCCUCCAAUGUCUGAAGUUGUGGCGUCUCUUGUAUCUUUGUACCAAAAGUUCAACAUUGAAAAGAGUGGUGUUGUAGAUGGUACUGAAUUCGAUCCGCUUGAGAGAUCUUUCCGUUCAACCAACACACGCUUUAUGGUUUCACCAACAAUAAGCCAUGCAUCAGCAUGA